AUUUUUUAAUUCACCGGUUGAGCAACCGGUGCCACCGGUGGACCAGAGAUCUGUCCUUUCAAUUCAACCGGUUGCUGCCAUCACCAUACAAAGCUGUCAACAGUGUCAACCAUAAGCAUCAGUGGUGGAAUCAACCGGUGAAUUAAAGAAUAUACCUGUAUUAACAUUAACAGUAUAGUUGUUCUGUGCGUUAACAGGUUAACACAGUUGUUUUUCUUUUUGUUUUCUCUGUAAAAACAGAAAAUAAUGGAAUCGGAAAAUCACUUGGACGUUAAACAAUUUGACGUCGCCCAAAUAACCCAUGAACUUGUUAUUAAAAGUGAAAAGGACGAAGUCUUUGAGAUACACAAAGAACUAGAGAUAGAAAGUGAUCUCAAUAAAAACUCUGAAGCCACUCAAAUAAUCCAUGGAUCAAAUGACAAAGCAAAUGACUAUAAUUAUUCCAAGCCUUGGAUAAAAUGUGAAGCUGUUGAAGAAUUGAAGUUGGAAAACAGCUUGGACACCGACGGAAUUACAGAAAUUACUGAGGAAUGCGUCAUUAAAGAUGAGAAUGCUCAUUUUGUGAAAGAAGGAGUAAGCCAUAAGCUCCAUACGUGUACUCACUGCAAUGAGUCAUUCAGAAAGAAGAGCAGUUUAGAUGGUCAUAUAUUUAAGAAACAUCCAGAGUUUGAAUCUAGCUUUAAAUUUAACGUAUGUUUUUGCUGCAACAGCGCAUUCAAGACUAAGCAAGGUUUAGAUGAUCAUAUAAUUAACAAGCAUCCCGAGUAUAUUGCGUUCGUUUCAAGCGAAACAUAUGAAUGUAGUCAUUGUGUAUUCAGAACUACCAUAAAAAGGCAUUUAACCAAACAUAUGAAGAAGCAUCCGGGGAAUGAAGGUGGCUGUGUACGAAAAACGUGUAUUCACUGUAAAGCCACAUUCAAAAAUAAGAAUACUUUAGAUAAUCAUAUAAUUGGAAAACAUCCCGAGGAUAUUGCAUCAGUAUCGAGUAAAAUUCAUAAAUGCAAAUUUUGUGCAUUUAAAACCACCCGUACAGAUCGUUUAGCAAAACAUAUCAAGAAACAUCCUGAAGCGGAAGGUGAUUGUAAACGAAACACGUGUCUUCACUGUAACUGUACAUUCAAAAAUCGGAUAGGUUUAUAUGAUCAUAUUAUUGAGAAGCAUCCCGAGUAUAGCGCAUCAGUUUCGAAUAGAAUACAAAAAUGUAAACAUUGCAGAUACAAAACUGCCUCCAAAAAAUAUUUAGUUAGUCAUAUCGCAAAGAAUCACGGCGCCAAUGCUGGAUGUCGGCUAAAAACCUGUAUUCACUGCAGCUCUACAUUCAAACAUCAGAUAAGCUUGGACGAUCAUAUAGUCAAGAAGCAUCCUGAGCAUAUUGCAUCAGCCUCAAGCAAAAUACACGAAUGUAAACCUUGCACGUACAAAACUACGCUCAAGGGUCAGUUGACCACGCAUAUGCAUAAACAUAUUGACGCAGAAAGGGGAGAUAAACUCAGUAUAUUCAAUGCAAGCAGGUGAUUUUAGGUAAACAAAUAAUUAGAAUAGUAUUGUAUCCAGGGUUAUCCAAAUUAAGUGUCCACCAUUAGUAACUUUGUUAUUAGUGAAAAUACAAAGUUGUUUGAAUUAGCAAACUAGUAGCAUUUUUAACGCUGGUAAAAAUGA